AUGUCGGGCGACAUCCUCAAGUCCAUUCCUCUCCCUACCCUCGAUCGCCCUUUCGGCAUCGAACUAUGGCCUAUCUUCGACAAGGCCUAUUCCGCUAUCGUGGGUUACUCCCCCAUGGAUUUCAAGUUUGAACCAGGCAAGACCCCUAUGUCGACACUGCCAGAAACCGCCAUCGCCUUGGUCUCAUACUAUGCCAUUAUCUUCGGGGGAAGAGAAUUGAUGAAACAUCGCAAACCAUUCACUCUCAACGGCGCUUUCAUGGUCCACAACCUCUACCUCACCCUCAUCAGCGGAUGCCUGCUGGUACUGUUCGUUGAGCAGUUGCUCCCCACUCUGGCCCGGGGCGGUGUCUUCCACGCCGUUUGCAGCUACAACGGAGGGUGGACACAAGAAUUGGUUGUGCUGUACUAUUUGAAUUACCUCACCAAGUACCUCGAACUCAUUGACACUUUGUUUUUGGUCCUCAAGAAGAAACCCCUGACAUUCCUUCACACCUAUCACCACGGUGCAACGGCGCUUCUCUGCUACACUCAGCUGAUUGGACACACCGCGGUCUCAUGGGUUCCCAUUACGUUGAACCUGACCGUGCACGUGGUCAUGUACUGGUACUACUUCCAAUCCGCUCGCGGAAUCAGAAUCUGGUGGAAGAAAUACAUUACCAUCAUGCAAAUCAUCCAAUUCGUCAUUGAUUUGGGCUUCGUCUACUUUGCUUCGUAUACCUACUUUGCCAACUCCUAUUGGCCUUGGCUGCCAAAUGCAGGGACCUGCGCAGGGGAAGAAUUUGCAGCGAUUGCGGGUCUUGUCAUUCUCAGCUCUUACCUCCUGCUCUUCAUCUCAUUCUACUUUGCGACCUACCGGAAACAGACCAUCCAAGGACGACCGAGAAGGAACACUGGCAGAGAAGCUUUGAUCGCUAUGAGAGAUCUUCCCCUUCCUGACCCACACAGGGUUCCACCUGCAUUCGAGGACGAGAAGAAGACCAACGGCGCUGUCACCACCGGGCGAUCAAACGGUCCAACAACCAGAUCGCGAAAGGCUUAG